UUGUGUAUGGUGCGAGCUGCUUUCAUCUUCUCCUUAAUUUUGUUAGUGUACCUUUACUUAUCUAUUUUUGGAAGUGAAUUUACUAUUUCGUUUUAUCGAAUACCCAAAUAGGAAACGAUAUCAGCAGCCGGACGAGGUGAUACAAGUUUAAGCGUCAUAAAGUGAAGUAACGUUAGAGCAUCGGAUGUUCUCUAGUUAGCCGGUUGAAGUUCUCACAGGUUAUUAACGGGACUUCUUGCUCUGCAGUGAUGACGUCACUGGGGAGCAGCAGUUCCUCCACAACGGAGUAUGUUGUACGAGUUCCUAAAAACACCAGUAAGAAAUACAACAUAAUGGCUUUCAAUGCUGGUGAUAAAGUCAGUUGUUCCACAUGGACUCAGGCUCGUAUGGAGCGUGACAUGAGUAAUAGGCGUAUAUAUGGUGAGGAGGAGACUCAGGAGGGGGCAGCAGGCAGUGAGUUCGGAAAGAAACAGAGAGAGGAAGCACGGAGGAAGAAGUAUGGCAUCGUUACGAAGGAGUUCAAGGUGGAGGACCAGCCCUGGAUCCUUAAAGUUAAUGGCAAGGCAGGAAGACGAUUCAAGGGUCUGAAAAAAGGUGGAGUCACUGAGAACGCUUCCUACUACAUCUUCACACAGUGUGCCGAUGGGGCCUUCGAGGCAUUUCCCGUGCAUUCCUGGUACAACUUCACGCCGCAGGCCAAGCACCGCACGCUCACAGCAGAGGAGGCAGAGGAAGAGUGGGGCAGGAGAAACAAAGUGGUGAAUCACUUCAGUAUCAUGCUUCAGCGACGUCUCAGAGGACAGGAGCGAGGAGAGGAGGAUGAGGAGGAAGGAGAAAAGGGGGGGAAGAAAAAGAAGAAGGGAGGCAGGGGAGGAGACCUGCGCAUACAUGACCUUGAGGAUGAUUUGGAAAUGAGCAGCGAUGAGAGUGACGGCAGCAAUGGAGACGAUGAUGAAGCCAAGUCAAAAGCUAAAAAGGACAAAGGCCCCAAAGGCAAGGGAAAGAAGAAGAAGAAAAAGGGCAGCGACCUGGAAGGAUUCGAGGAUAGUGAUGAUGGCGACUUUGAGGGGUUGGAGGUGGACUACAUGUCUGAUGAGAGCAGUUCUGAAGAAGAGGAGCCAGAGAAGACCAAGCCCAAUAAGGGAGAGGACGUACCUAAAGGGAUUGAUGAAAUGUCUGACAGUGAGGAAGAGAGUGAGGAAGAAAACAAGAAUGAGGAAGAUGGCAAGGAGGAAGAAGAGGAGGAAGAUGGAAAGAAGACACCGGUGCAGGUGGAAAAGAAGAAAAAGAAAGACAGCAGUGGCGAGUCCGACAGCUCAGAGGACAGUGAUAUUGAAGGAGAGGCAGCUUCAGCACUGUUCAUGGUGAAGAAGCGCACUCCUCCUAAGCGAGGGGGUGGUCGUGGCUCAGCAGGUAGUUCAAGGACAGGAAGUCGACCUGGCACACCUUCUAUUGACAACGCCGCCACUUCCAACACACUUCGUGCUGCUGCCAACAAACUGGAGCAAGGUAAGCGUCAGACAACUGUGCCCAGCUCAGAGACUCCAGCGGCGAAGAGAUUAAAGAUGGAGCCCAGCCCUCAGAGCUCUUCAGGAAAUGGCACACCCCAACCAGCGUCAGGAAAAUCCACCCCCAGCUCCAGUGAUGUGCUUCUGACAGAGGAUGCCGUGCGCAGGUAUCUCAUCAGGAAGCCCAUGACCACUAAAGACCUGCUGAAGAAGUUCCAGACUAAGCGCACAGGCCUCAGCAGCGAGCAGACAGUCAACGUGCUCGCCCAGAUCUUGAAGAGGCUCAACCCAGAGAGGAAGAACAUCAAUGACAAGAUGCACUUCUACCUCACAGAGUGAGCCCAGCUGAGGAGAGAGUGAAACUGAGUGCCCAUCACCAGCAGCCUCUCCUUUAAGAACACAGUUCAUUUAGGUUAAGACCAACUUGAUCUGAAAUUUGUCGUUUUGCUUUCAACCAUUCAGCAUUUAUUAACAGUAGUACUUAAGUGCUGUUAAUUGAUGCUGGAAGUCCAAAGAGUAAAAAGACAAAGAAGACUGAGAAGCAAGCAAUGGAGUAGGUUUUUGUAACGGAUAUAGGAAAGAUGUGUUUGUAAACUCCACAUUUAUGUCUGUUAAUGACAAGUUGAAUAUUAGAGAGAAACUGGGUAAAAUCAACACAAUGAUCUUUCAAGAAAACCUGCUGAAUUUUGAGAGUAACUUUACCCAGAGAUUAAAAUCGCAUCUGAGGCUUUUAUUGCACAUUCAUUUCUUAUUACAUUUGUUUGCCUUUUUUUUUUUUUUUAACUGGUUUAUCAGCGUUGCACUGUUAAAAGCAGUAAAAGGUAUAACUUUUGCAGAUUUCUCCUUUGGUAGUACAUUAAAUUUGUUCAGAAAUGAAUAAGUGUUUGUGUUCAUUUGUUUUAAAUGCAUAUUGUAUGCAAUAGUA